AUGCCUACAAACUACGAAAUUUCGGGGGCUGUUGACUAUAACACGUCUGCCUUUGAUGCACCGGUUAUUGAUGCAUAUUGGCAGCCAAAGUGUGAUACUGUCUCAGACAGAAACAAAUUUAUAUUCAACAGGGAGUUACUAAGCGAUGUAACAUUUGUUGUUCCAGUGUCAAACGGCGAGAGGCUGGUGAUUCCAGCUCACAAGUUUAUUCUUGCAAUCAGCAACCCUGUGUUUUGUGCCAUGUUCUAUGGUCCAGUGGCGGAAACUAAAAACUCUGUUGAUCUAUCUCACUACGAGGAAGUAAAUUUGAGCGGAAGCAAUGUAUUGCAAGUGUGA